ACUUUUACAAGUUAGCCAAAUAGAUAAUAUGCUUUUAUAUAAGGCUCGGAUAUUAUAUUGAAUUUGAAUUGAUUUGAAUUUAAACAUGUUAAUCGCGUUUGAGAUGUGUUUUGAAUGAGAAUUAAAUAUAAAUUUGAUUUUACUUUUUAAAGUUAUAUAAUAUAAACAAAAUGAUAGUAUGCUUUGUGAAGAAAAUGGGAUAUUAUUUUGAAUUUUGUAUAAAGAAUAAUAGGAUCAAACUUUGUUAAAAAGAUUCAGGAUGUGUUUAAAUGAAAACUUUUGAAUGUUUUCAUCUAAGAUUUUAAAUUAUACCUUAUACAACACCAUACAUGUAAAUGAUAAAAAAACACAAAUCGGAUAAAUAACUUUCAGUUGUAUUGGUGUACGAAAAAGUUAGUUAUUUCUGAUAUAUCAAAAACGUGCCACAGAUUAUUCCAAAAAGUGUGACGGCUUAUUCCACCGACUGAUACAGUCUCGUCCUAACCGUUUGAAGACAACUGUAAUUGACAAUUUCUUCGACGAACGUGAAAUUAUUUCAUUCUGUGUUUAAUUUGUUCAAAACUCGCAAAAAUGAGCGAUGAACAAGAGCCGCUUCUUUCAAGAUCAACUUCCGGUCAAACAUGGUCAAGCGCCUCUUAUCAGCGAUCGGGACCAACAAACGCUUUAAACGGCGGGCAAACGGUUACAUUCGGGUCAGAUAAGACGGAUGGGGAGAACCGUAGGCCUAGCUUUAGGUCACAGACGUCCCAUGAGCAACGACAAAAGGCGUUUUACAAGAAUGAUGCGCACCAUAGUAUGGUUGAUUCCAUGGAGACAGUGACGUUAUCCUGGAAGAACGUUAACGUUCACGUCAACCCCGUUAAUCGCGCGUGCUGCCGGGGACCCGACCCUACCGUGACCCCUAAACACGUUCUUCGUGACGUGUACGGCAUAGUGAAGCCAGGAACUCUCGUGGCCAUUAUCGGUGCCAGUGGUUCAGGAAAAACAACACUCCUGAAUACCAUCACACAACGUAUUAACAGUCAGUCCUUGACGGCUUCCGGUGAUAUAAGAGUGAACGGCGUCGACGUCGGUUCCGGCAUUCGGAACAUCUCGGCUUACGUUCAACAGGAUGAUCUAUUUAUAGCCACUAUGACAGUUAAAGAGCACUUGACCUUCAGGGCGCUAUUGCGGAUGGAGAAUGAGGUCUCGCGGUCGCGACGUCUGGAACGUGUGCAGGAAGUAAUCAAGGAGCUUGGAUUGACCAAGUGUCAGGACAACAUGAUUGGCGACCCCGGCCGCCUCAAGGGGAUUUCCGGUGGGGAGAUGCGACGCCUGUCAUUUGCCUCCGAGUUUCUGACUAACCCACCUCUUCUGUUUUGUGACGAGCCGACUUCCGGUUUGGAUUCGUUCAUGGCGGAAAAUAUUGUGCAGACCCUUAAAGGCAUGGCGGAUAAGGGAAAGACCGUCGUCUGUACAAUUCAUCAACCUUCCUCUGAGGUGUUUGCGCUGUUUGACCACUUGCUGAUAAUGGCUGAAGGCCGGGUGGCGUUUAUGGGAGAAAUGAAACAUGCAUUAGAGGUCUUCAAACGGUCCGGAUUCCCGUGUCCAGUAAACUUCAACCCCGCAGAUUUCUACAUCCACACGAUGGCAGUAAUUCCAGGCAAGGAAACAGAAUGUAAAGCGCAAAUCGAGUCCAUAUGUGACAAGUUCCAGUCCUCAGAUGAAAGCAAGACUAUGCUUACUGAUAUCAAGCGUAUAGGAGAAAACCCCAAGGAAACUGGCAUCAUCUUUGACGAAGCGUUUUCCAACACCUCGCGAUAUGAAGCCAGUUUUCUCACCCAGUUUCGCGCGGUGUUUGCGCGCUCCUGGAAGACCACUAUCAGAGAACCUAUGGUUGUCAGAGUCAGAGUCGCUCAAACGCUUAUGUUGGGGCUGAUCUUGGGCGUGAUCUAUCUACAGUUGGACAUCAAUCAAGAAGGCGUUAUGAACAUCAACGGUGUUCUCUUCCUGAUGCUUACCAACAUGACUUUUUCCAACGUUUUCGGCGUUCUAAAUUCGUUUCCACUUGAGAUGCCGAUUUUCCUGCGAGAAUAUGGUAUCGGACUCUACCGUGUGGACAUCUACUUCCUCUGCAAAACUUUCGCGGAGUUGCCGUCGUUCAUCUUUAUACCGAUGAUAUUUUGUGCUAUAACGUACUGGAUGGUUGGUCUAUAUUCGUCCUUCGAGGCGUUCUGUGUGUUUACGGGUGUUCUUCUCUUGGUGGCCAACAUUGCUGUGUCUUUCGGUUACAUUGUGUCAGCGGCGGCCAACUCUGUAACCACAGCUCUGGCUAUAGCUCCGCCUCUAAUGAUUCCGCUAAUGAUGUUCGGGGGCUUCUUCCUAAACUCCGAUUCCAUCCCGGUAUAUUUCAUCUGGUUAGAGUACCUGUCCUGGUUUAAAUACGCCAACGAAGUUCUUGCCGUUAACCAGUGGCAAAACAUCGACAGUAUUGAAUGUUCUAGCAACGGGAACAACACAAAAUGCCUGUACAAGGACGGCGACUCGGUUCUGAGCUAUCUCAAUUAUGACCAGGACAACGUCUUGCUGGAUGUCAGCCUUUUGUGUGCAAUGCUGGUGGCUUACAGACUCGUCGCUUUCAUCAUUUUGUUUGCCAAAGCCCGCAGUUCCAAGGGCUAGCUCAUCUUAACACUUUUGGGAUGAUGCGUUGAGCAUAUUUACCUCGGUAUGCCUAUUUCCCAAGCAACAACAACAACCCAUUUUCGUAACAACAACUACAACUGGUCUACCGAACCUCCAAUCACUGACUGUGGGCGUUCCCUUAAGAACAUAAAGGAUGUUUUUGAUUGGACAAGACAAAGACUUGAGAGCACGUGUGAACAAAGACGAAUUGUGAUUGGUCAAGAGAUUUUGACUGGAAAGAAAUCAGACAUUUUCAUGAAAUACAUUUAAAACAUUAAAUUAUACUUUUAAUGCAAUUAAAUAUGUUGUUUCGCCAUUUUAUUGGUAUCAGUAUAUAUGUCGUCGGUGUUUUUUUUAUAAAUUGUUCUGACAAUGAGUACCGGUACAUUUAUUUACUAUUGUUAAAAUUGUAUUCUAUUGCUAUAUAUGAUGUUCCUGUUAGAAAUUUAUUUUCACUAUUUCCUCUGAUCGACAAUUUGUCCGUUAUACAAAGGUCACAAUAGAGACAACCGCCAAGUAUCAUUCCCUUCACGUGAAUGGCACAACGCCAUUGGUUGGACUGGUCACGUGGUGAAUUUUAAAUAGUUGGUCACUAAUCUUUAUAUCCUACCAAAAUGGCGUCUUUUAUCCGAUAACGAUGCAUAAAUAAAACAUUUUCAACAAG